AUGGAGGGAAAAGCAAUGCAGCAUUUCUGCUAUUCUGUGCUCUUCUUGGCUUUGGCAUUUGGCCCAAGUAUGAUCUGCUCUGGUCUUCCCAUCAUGACAAAGCGCUUUGUGCGCAUUGUUAACUUGCUCGACAACAAGCAACUUGUCUACCAUUGCCGUUCACAAGAUGAUGAUCUUGGUGAACGAACUCUUGCUCCAAAGCAGGAGUGGGAAUUUGAAUUCCAUCUGGACUUCGAGAGCUAUUUCAAUUGUGAGUUUUGGCACUCCAAUGACCACCAUCAGAAGUUCGAUGUGUUUGUUCCCAGUGAUAAGUUUGUUCACAGGUGUGGCGGGGCUCAUUGCAUUUGGCAUGUAGAAGAGACCGGAUUCUUCUUAUAUCACAUCAAGACUGGAUGGUGGGAAAAAUCUUAUGACUGGCAAAUAGGAGGAUGA